AAAAACGGGAAUAACAAACGACAAAGAAACCAAAUGAAGAGAACCCAAUAAGCAAAUCAAUCAAAUGGGAAGAACCCUAUGAAUGGUUUACAAGUUGUUCUGUUUGUCUGCGAUUUUGAUCAUCCUACUGUUUCUAGAGAAUUUUGCCGUCGUUCAUUGCCGGAUUCCGACGACCCUUGGUGGAUCAUUCGAGCCUGUCACGGUUCCUUUUGAUGAAAACUUACGUGGGCAUGCCGUGGAUUUACCGGAUACUGAUCCUCGCGUGAGCAGACGGGUUAAGGGGUUUGAGCCUGAGCAAAUAUCAGUGACUCUGUCGGCUACUUAUGAUUCAGUUUCGAUCUCUUGGAUUACAGGGAAAUUCCAAAUAGGGAACAACAUAAAGCCAUUAAAUCCUAAAACUGUAGCAAGCAUUGUUCGUUUUGGUAAAUUAGGGUAUCCAUUAACACAUGAAGCAAUUGGUUACUCCCUGAUUUACAACCAGCUUUAUCCUUUCAAUGGCAUCCAGAAUUACACCUCAGGAAUUAUCCACCAUGCUCGUCUCACUGGGUUGAAACCUGACUCAUUGUAUUACUAUCAAUGUGGAGAUCCUUCUAUACCAGUCAUGAGCCUUAUAUAUUCUUUCAAGACAAUGCCAGUUUCUGGUCCUCAGAGUUAUCCAAAAAGAAUUGCAGUGGAGAGCAAUACAGGUGGCUGGAGAGAGACUUAGCUAAUGUGGACAGAUCUGUGACUCCAUGGUUGAUAGCAACUUGGCACCCACCUUGGUACAGUACUUAUGAAGUGCAUUAUAGAGAAGCAGAGUGUAUGAGGGUGGAGAUGGAAGAGUUACUCCACUAUUACGGCAUUGAUAUAGUAUUCAAUGGACAUGUAAGUGAACAACACUAUAGAUGAUGAUCACCAUCUUCUAGCUCUUCCGUUUAUUUUUCACAGAGCAAGUUCAAUAUUUUUGUAUCAACUAAUAGAUCUCCUUGGGAAAAAUCAAUCCAAACUAUC